CUCGACUAAACAUCUUCACUCACCAAAACAGCACAUACACUAUUACUUAUCUUCUCAUUUUCUUUAUAGUUUUCCUCUUUGCCUUUGUCAUUUCGAAAUGGCCAACGUUGAGGUUGAACAAGUGAUUGCUCCAGCAGCAGAGAACGUUGAGGUACCAACCAAGACAGUGGAGGAGCCAGUUGUGGUUACCGAACAGGCGGAAGAAGUCGUGGCCUCUGCUACUGCUCCAGCCGCCGUAACUGAACAAGAAUCCGAAGCACCAGUCGAAGAAACGAGCAAAGAAGUGGUUGUGGAAGAGGCAGAGAAAAAAGAUGAAGAAACUGAGAAGAAACCAGAGGAGCCAAAGAUAGAGGAGGAAGAAGAGAAGACAGAGACUCCGGUCGUUGUGGAGGAGGCAAAAACAGAAGAGAAGGAGGAGGUGACUGAAACUCCGGCGGUUGUGGAGGAGGAGAAGAAGGCUGAGGCAGAGGAAGUUGUGGCUGCUGAUGAAGUCGCCGCCGAGAAGACCAAGGAGUAAAGCGGAAGAAACUAUAUAUGACCUUUGGUCUCAUUUCGUUAUCUUAUUAAAAUAUUUUAUUUUAUCAACAUUUCAUAAGUUUCUAUCUUUAUUGUGUUUAUUAUGAUGAAAUCAGAUGUUUGGAUAAUUUGAUGGUUGCUAUAUUGCUUA